UUAUCUAUAUUUAUAUUAUUCUAUAUAAUUAUAAUCUAGAUCUAGAUUAUUAAACAAAAUUUAAUAAAAUACGCUGAAAGACACAAAGAUAAAGGCACAUUCCUCGUCCCAUAUGCUAGGACAAAUUUGUACAAAUACUCCUUCUUCCCUAGUGCUAUUAGAGCAUGGAAUGGGUUGCCUGAGCUAGCCAGGAAAACCAGUGACUUGUCAGAAUUUAAGUCAUUGGUUAAUAUGCAUGACUAAAUGCAUGACGCGUAGGACGUAAUCAUCUUCUUUUUUGAAGUAACGUCUGUAUUAUAUAAGAUAAGAUAAGAUCUUAUUUAUUAUCAUAAAAUUUAGAUCUAGACGUUACUUUACGGCCUACAUUUUAUUGACUAGCCUAGAUCUAAUCUAGGUCUAAUAAGUGUCUAAAUCAGGGGUUCUUAACCUGUGGGCAAGUGUGGGUCAUGACCCCUUUGGUUGCUGAAUGACCAUUUGUCACCAAUUGGUGUGGUCGCCUUAGACCAUCGAAAAUUUGUGUUUUUAGUUUAUAUAUCAUCACAUUUUUUGUUGUCAUUUCUAACAAGCAUAUUUGUGCUAUAGUUGGUAUACAUUUUCAUUUCUGAUAACAAAACAAAGGGACAUUACUUAGAUUGACUUUCGUUUGAUGAAUUAUGAAGCGUCCGUCAAAUAUAAAUUUAAUAAAAUAAUAAGUGAGUCUGACAUUUAAGAAGACAGAUAUUUUUGUUAUAGAAUAAAGAUGGCACUUUAAAUUAGCGAGUGUAACAUCAUUGUUUGAAGAUGAUGUCAACUCUAAAAGUUUUUACAUUAAAUUGCUGGGGUCUCCCGCUUCCGUUACUUUGUAAGCAUCACCAAGAAAGAAUUGCUGCCAUUGGUGACUAUUUAAAAGUACAGGAUUAUGAUAUGGUUGUCUUGGAGGAAGUUUGGGUGAAAUCUGACUUUCAAGAAUUGAAACAAAAGUUGGUGAGAGUGCUGCCAUUUUCUCACUAUUUUUACAGUGGGACUAUCGGCAGUGGACUUUGCGUUUUCUCAAAGCACCAAAUCAUAGAAACCAGUUAUCACCAGUUUCAUUUAAACGGCCAUGCUCACAAAAUCCAUCAUGGAGACUGGUUCGGAGGAAAAGGUGUCGGCCUGUGCAAGAUUCAUAUACUUGAAGGGGCGUUGGAUAUAAAUCUUUACUGCACACAUCUCCAUGCAGAAUACAACCCCGAAUGUGAUGAAUACGAGGCUCACAGAUUGGCACAGACCUUUGAACUCUGCCAGUUUGUCAGGAACACUGCCUAUAAUUGUGAUAUAGCAAUAUUGGCUGGAGAUUUGAACACAAGCCCAACACACUUAGGCUACAAAAUAUUAACUCAGCAUGCUUCUCUAAAAGACUGUUGGGCGGAAAAGAAUUUAUCUGAGAUUGAGUGUAAAGAAUCAGGGGGAACAUGCAUGGUUCCAGGGAACAUCUACACAGGGGAUGUAGCACAAAGUAGCUCACCAUUUGGUGUACGCAUUGACUACAUCAUGUACAGAACUAGUGCCAAUGUGUCAGCAACUGUAGCAGACUGUAGUAUUGGCAUCGGGAAAGUUCCACAAACAAACAUUGAUUACUCAGACCAUGAAGCUGUCUUCACAAGCAUUAGUUUGACCAAAAAUCCAGUCUCUCAGCAAGAAGUCAGAAAUUCAACCUUGACUAAAGACUUGAGGGAUGUUUUUCAACAAUCGCUGAAUGUUCUUGAUAAUGGUUUGGCUCAGUGCCAGCGGGAGGAGAGAUUUUUUCAGAUUGUCGUGUUUAUUCUGUCUCUGAUCCUAUACGUCUUGAACAAUUACCUGGAUGUCAGUGACUACAGCAGCAACAUUCUUCUGGUUUUCAUGUUUUCCAUGACCAAGCUUUUAGUGGGCAUGGCCAUAGGCUUCUGUUUUUGGACUGCCUGGAUCCUCAAGCGCUCAGAGUACCACGGACUCACCGCUUGCAAAGAAGAUCUUCUCAAAUUGUUGGCAUUAUAAAACGAAAAGAAAACUCAUUGCACAAUCAAGAAUGUAGUCAAAGAUUUAAAUUAAAAAUUAUUUUAAUUAGAACAAAAAGAAAACAGUUUAGUAGAGGAUGGUUUUAUUAAUAUGGCAAUACAGAAUUCUGAAUCAUAAUAAAAUAUAUUUUUGGACCUAAACCAAUUAUCCAAGAAAAGAAAGGUCUUUUUUUGUUUUUCGCAAAACUUUUUCUGCUCCACAAAAUCAUGAAUUUAAAGAAAAAACUUUUUUUUCUUUUUAUUUAGCCAGCUAAUUAUUAAAAUUUGUUUUUCCAACUCAUGUAUCCAUUAAUAUUCCACGCAACAGCACAUUAUUCUGCUUAUGAUAAACUUUCGGAUUUCUUCGGCUAAAAUUAAUUCUUAACUUUAAAAAAAGUUAGAAAUGAAAUUAAUUAAAAAACUGGUUGGCAAAUAUUUUGAAAACUUUAUUAUACUACCUUGGAUAGACAUAGAAAAGGUGUUGUAAGAUUAAGUUUGAGCUAUUUUCUUUUUGAAAAAAAUUUAAAAAGGUCAGUAAAGUAGACAAGUAUUUGCAUUUUAUUUCUCCAGAAAUUCAGUUUGAAAUUAAUCAUUAUUGUUAUCAAAUCAAGUGCGAAGAAAAGCGCCUAAUAUGCAUUCACUUAAGGCAGUUGAUAUCACCUUGGGGAGAAUAUAAAAUAAAGAUAUUGUGAGGAUAAUAGAAUGUUUACUAUUUAGACAGUUGAGAUCAGACUACAUUAUAUAUGGCUCCUUCUGUCUCUGAAGACAAUGGAUGUGCUCAGAUAAGUCACUGGUUUUGGUUUCAUCUUAAGACAGGGCAGAAUCUGGUGUUGCUAAUCAAGCAUGCUACAGUUUGUGCAUGUAUAUGCAUCUGUUUUAGGGCUAGCUGAUAGGGCAGCUUUCUUUUUCUUUCUCUUGACUAAGGCAGCUUCGUUUCUUUGCUCUCAGCAAGGUUUGUACCAGCACCCAUAGUCUCUGUCUGAUUACAUUAUAAAUACAAAUACAGCCAGUAUCUAUUGUUUUAUUUAUAAAGUGUUAAAGUGUAAGAUAGCAAUAUUUUAAAAUAAAACUAUUAUUGUUGCUGAGCAGUAGAUGGAAUCAUUGAUUAAUCAAACGAUUUAAUCAGUUGUAUAAACUUUUUUUUAAUAGAAUAGUUAUAAUUAAUAAGCCCAAAAAAGUAUACCAACUUUUGUAUACAUAAGUUUCUAAUUUUAUUUGUUGGUGGGUGCUCGUGUUAAUUAAAUUGUUAUAUAUUACUUGUUGUAUAGCUUUGAAGCAGUCAUGAUAUGUUAUCUGUGUUCAGUCUUUACAGAUCUCAAAGCGCUGACUAUCUGUGUGUAUUUGUUUUUUACUUAACGUUUUCUUAGUUAAAAUCAAAAUUUUUGUGUUUAAAAAUUCUAUAUUUUAUUUAAUGACCAAAUUUAUUUCAUCUUCGACUAAUUGUAUUUGAAAAUUGAAAUUCGUAAUUAUUGUUUAUCUCUCGUAUUUGUUUUACAUUUUUAACAAAGCUUUAAUUUAUUUAACGUAUUGCCAUAAAUGUCAAGACUAUUUAGUUGAUACUAUUGAUACUUAUAUUAUUAUUUGUGUCUCUAUAUAACUGCAGUAUACUCAAUGGGCUGUUAAGAUGAUUUGACAGGUUUCCAUACUAUGAAAAGGUUAUGGAUAAACAAUACUCAGCUUGAGUUAAAUCUAGAAAAAAAACGUUUUAUCAGGAUUUAAACUCAAGCCCCUCAUUUUAGAAGCCAAGCAGUUAACCCAAUCCAGCCAAACAUAUUUAUAUCAGUAGUUUUAAAUUAUACCUUUUUUUUCUGUGUGCUUUCUAUCAAUAUUUUAUUUUAGAUAUUUGUUUUUUUUUGCCUGGUUCAGAAUCAAGUUAAAUACUUAGAAUUGUUCCACAUUUAUAUACUACACAUAUUUUAUUUACAGCUGUAAUACCAACUGUGAUGUCAGUAACAAUGUUUGUGAUUUCCAUGGUCUAGUUAGCAAUUUUAAUAUUUAUUGACUUAAAGGGGUGCGAUUUUAUUGUCCAUGCAGCACUCAGAACAUUCCUAACUAAGACAAAACAUUCAACUAGCUUCUUGGUUUUGUACUAUUUAGAUGUUGUUUUCAACUCACAUUCAUUCAAACUGUUGCUAAUUGUCACCAUUUUGUGCACUUAUAUAUUGUGUUACUCUUGUGCACAUUUCUGUGUGCAAUGUAUGUAUGUCUAAGCUAACAAUACAUUUCUCCUGAGUUUAUAUUUGUUAUUUUAUCUGAAAAUAUCAAUGAAGAAUAAAUUUAAGCUUUUGAAAAGUUUAAAAUUCUUAAAA